AUGGAUUACUUCAAGAAAGCUAUCUGGGGUCCCGACCCGAAAGAACAACAACGGAAAAUCCGACAACUUGUAAGAAGAAACGGCAGGUCCCUGGACAAAUCUUUAAGAGAACUAAAUGCACUACAAACAAAGACCCAGGCGCUGAUCAAACGCUCAGCAAAGCACAAUGACACCAGGUCGGUGCGAAUAUAUGCCAAGGAACUCUACCAGAUCAAUAAACAGUAUCAAAGGAUGUACAUCUCCAAAGCACAGCUACAGUCAGUGGGCAUGAAAAUCGAAGAAGCGUUCCGGAUGCAAAGUCUGCAGGAAAACAUGGCAUCAUCAGCAGUGCUGAUGCGCGAAGUAAACUCACUGGUGAGACUUCCGUACAUGCAGCAAACAAUGCUGGAGCUCGAGAAAGAGCUGGUGAAGAGCGGGCUCAUCAGCGAAAUGAUCGAUGACACAAUGGAGAUGACCGAAGACGAAGAAGCAGAAGAAGAGGCCGACCAGGAAGUCGACAAAAUUGUGCAACAAUACACGUCCAACAAACUGGAUAGCGUCGUUCGUGCUCCUGUCUCUGAGCUGCCUACAAAGUCUGAACCCGAAGCCAUAAUUCCCGAAGACCAAAUAGAUGACGAAGCCGACGUCAUGCUCAAUGAAAUGCGAGAAAGAUUGAAGGCCCUGCAAAAUUGA